UAAAUAGCAGUACUGAGAAUAUGUUUUGCACUGAUCUCUUUGAUGAGUUUUAGAAGGCAAAUACCAGAGCAUCUGAUAUAGAUGAAAGCAAAGAGAAGCAAUCAAAUUCCAGCCAUGUCUACAUCCUUAAGAGUGAGCCCAUCCAUCCACGGCUAUCGGUUUGACACAGCCCUGCGAAAGAAAGCCGUAGCCAAUAUCUUUGAAAGCACAAAUCAAGAAUCUCUUCAAAAGCUCUUCAAAAACUCUGGAGACAAGAAAGCAGAGGAAAGAGCCAGGAUCAUCCUUGACACUGAUCAGGAUUUGGAGGAGCGAACGAGAGCGUUAAUGGCACUAAAGCAGAGAACAAAAGACAAACUCUUCCAGUUUCUGAAACUUCGUAAAUAUUCCAUUAAAGUUCUUUGAACUACCUGAGGAAAAGCAGGUGGAAGAAAAGCUAUGUUUAAAGAACAAGACUGAGCUUAUGAAAUCUUAACAAAUGUGAUGUUCUCCACAACCAGACAAGCUUCUAGCAGGACAAGUGAACCUGAAAAACUGGUCAUAAGCAUUCAAUACAAUUUUACUCACAGCUAAAAGCUUCCAGGAGUGAUCGAAAACUCUCCGGAUGCAAAAGAACUCAUUUCAGCAACAAGGGAAUGAGAAAAGCCAAUGUGUGAGUGAAAGAAGCCAGCGUGUUUGGCAAGAAACAAACCCAGCAUGCCCCAGACACAGAACUAGGGGAUAAUGACACAAGAACACAAUCAGACUUAAUUUUCUCAGUAAACCUGAGGCGAAGGCAGAACAGAACUUUUUCUUCUACUUCUUUACUGAUUUCAGCCUUUUAAACUCGUUUUUACUGACUGUUUAAAAGAUUUCUAAGCCUCACUGUUGUCUACUGGGAUGGAGGGUUGUAAUGAUUGAUCAGCUAUUGAUCAUUUAUUUUGCAUUUGUUAAAAUGCACCACAAAUGCACCAUGUGGGUGUAACAAGUUCAACCUUCAUUCAGGGAGUGCGUUUUCUUUAGAAACACUAUGCAUUUGUAUCUCUUUUCUCUUUGUUAUCUGGUAUGCUCAUAUCAUAAAUUAUUUGCACACAAGCAAAAAUAAUGAAGUUCCUUUCCUGAACUGAAUUUACUGUGAAAGUCUCUUUUAAAAUAUUUUGUUCACUUCUCAUUGAUACUAAUAUGUAAUAAUUAAGGAUCUUACUUGUAGAUAUUCAAGUUAGAAAUAUUCCAUGGUAGUAUUUUAUGACAAUACCAUAGUUAUAUUGACUAUAAUUUAUUCCAUAUGGUGAGCUACAAACCUAAUAAAUUAUAAUGAUACUAUAACCUUUUUUGACUGCAAU